AUGGCGAGAGACAGUAUUGUGAUCUUAGGUGCUGGCAUCGUUGGCCUUGAUGUCGCCCUCGAAUUAUCUAAGCGUGGAUAUGGGAAAUACAUAACAGUGGUGGCCGAGCACCUUCCUGGAGAUGAAGCCACAAUCGAUUAUACAUCGCCAUGGGCCGGCGCAAAUUUCUCUGGAAUUUCUGGCGGGGACGCAAAUGCGCUUCGCUGGGAUCGCACCGGCUAUUCCCUCAUGAUGAGACUCAUCGACACGCAGGCCGAGGAAGCGAAAUAUCUUGCAAAGACAGAAUCGACGGAGUACUGGGAUGAGAUGCCAGCUUCAGACAAGAUUCGCAGCAUGACGGAGUAUUUGCGGGAUGUGAGCAUUAUUUCCCAGCGCACCGGAAAAGAAAAAUUACAAGUGACGGAUGCUAAUUCAAUUAACACACAGCUUACUAUACUCCCAAAAAAAGACCUCCCCUCCGGAGUAGCAUUCGGCAUCAAAUUCACGACCGUCACAAUCAACGCGCCUGCUCACUGCCAGCAUCUCAAGACGCUGCUAUCACAGCCCAAGUACGGGUCCAUCCCAUUCCUCCGCCGGCGAGUCUCUCAUCUACAAGACGCAUUCAUAUCCUCAAAAACCAAGCUAGUUUUCAACUGCAUCGGGAACUCGGCCAUUACCCUAUCCGGCGUCUCGGACAGCAAAUGCUACCCAACCAGAGGACAGAUCUUACUUGUCAAAGCCCCCUCCGUCAGAAAAAACAUAAUGCGUCACGGCGCCAAAUACGAAACUUAUAUUAUACCCCGACCCAUGUCGGAUGGCACUGUGAUUCUGGGCGGGUUUAUGCAAAAGGGCAAUUGGAGUCCGCACGUGGUUCCAGAAGAGUCGGAGUCGAUAGUGAAAAGGACGGGCGAGCUAUUGCCUAGUUUGAUGCUGGAUGGGCAGAUGGAGAUUAUCAGAGCGGCGGUUGGACUCAGACCAUCGCGAGAAGGGGGUGCAAGGGUUGAGCAGGAGAGGAUUUCGCCUGACAGACUGGUUGUGCAUAACUAUGGAGCUGGAGGGACUGGAUUUCAGGCUGGGAUGGGGCUUGCGGUGGAUGCGGUGGAUUUGGCUGCGAAAACUCUGAAGGGGUUGACUCAGAAGGCGAUGCUAUAG